UUGUGAACUUUACUCGGACUUUUUUCGAUUAACGCCAUGUGUUAGUGGAGAUCUGAUUGAGUCUGUCCCUUUGAAGUCAUCAUGGCAUCAGAGAGGACCAUGGAGGACCCAGCCAUGGAGCAUGGUUCCCUCCCACUGGAGAUCGAUGAUGUACACGUACUGCUUCAAGUGGAGCAGGAACAGAUUCAGAAGAGGACCUUCACCAACUGGGUAAAUGCACAGCUAUCAAAGAGGAGACCUCCAGUGGCCGUGCUGGACCUGUUCAGCGAUUUCAGAGAUGGAUCCAGGCUGCUGGACCUGCUGGAGGUGAUGUGCAACCAGAGGAUGAGUCGAGAGAAAGGUAAAGGGGUAUUCCAGCACAGGACGAACAUCGAGAAAGCCCUGGCCUUCCUCAGGGGGAAAUCAAUCAAACUGGUCAACAUAAAUGUUCCUGAUAUCAUGGAUGGCAAACCCUCCAUCAUCCUGGGGCUGAUCUGGACUAUCAUCAUGCACUUCCAUAUAGAGGAGUUGGCGAGUACGCUGUCCUUCAGUUCUCGACAGUCAUCUCUGGAGUCGUUGGCCAGUCUGGACACACGUACGACGAGCAGCAGUGCACGCAGCAGCCCUGUGCCACCACGCGGGUCACCGCUUCACACACGCUUCAGGAUCUCUGCUAAAAAAGCCCUGCUGCUCUGGGUCAGGGAGCAGUGCCACAAGGCCGGGUGUACCUUGAAUGUGAAGGACUUUAAGGUGAGUUGGAGGAGCGGCGUGGUGUUCUUGGCCAUCCUCUGCGCUCUGAGGCCGGAUGUGGUGAGCUUAUCCAAGGCCAGAACCAGAACUAACAGGCAGAACCUGGAGGAGGCGUUCUACAUCGCUGAGAGAGAGUUACAUAUCCCCCGGUUACUGGAUCCAGCAGAUGUCGAUGUGAGAGACCCGGAUGAGAAGUCCAUCAUGACGUAUGUGGCUCAGUUUCUGAAAUACUCCAAAGACACACCUGCUUCUGAAGAGGACAUACAGGUUCAGUAUCUCGCUCCUACUACGUGUGCGUCUCCUGUGAAUCUGCCCUGUAACUUCACUCCUGCCGUUGCAACCUCCCCAUGCCGGCAGACCUCAUCUACUCAGAAAGUUCAGGAGGUGACGUGUUGGCUGGAGCAGGCCUAUCAGGAGCUUCUGGAAGGAUGGGAGUCCACGGAGGGUGAGAGUUAUGCUGAGAGAUACCACGUGUUCCAGACGUUUGUGGUGUCCUUUAAUGAGCAGCGCCGGCCUGUGAUGCCGUUGCUGACGGCGAUGAAGAGGACGGUGAAGCUGAGCGAGGAGCAGCGAGCUCUCCGACAUGCCUGGGAUUCCCUGGCUGAAAAGCUGCGUGAGUAUAAGACGGAGCUCGACCUGAGUCUGCCCACUCCUCUGGACACGGUGGGCCGCUGGUUACUGAGGGCUGAGGAGGCCUUGGCAGAUGGUGGUGAUGAUCAUCAGGACCAUGCACGAGCUGCUCAGGAGGCCCGCGAGAAACACGAGCUGUUUAAGUCAUGUCUCGAGGAGAUGCCUCGUCACAUGAAAAUGUUCCAGAUGUUCCAGAAUAUGGAUGAGUACGGAGAAAUGGUGGUUCCUGCUGACAAACUGGAGGAGAUAAAGAGAAGGUUCACCAGUGUGCGUGUCAGUGCUAAGUAUCAUGGCAUUAGACUGGAGUACCAGGAGUACAGACACACAGUGCUAGAUCUGCUGGCUCAGCUUACCCUCAAGCUACGCACUUGGAAAAGAGGCUACAUUUCCCAGGAGGCUGUGCAGGUCUUGAUGAAGGACUGGACUGAGACGGUCAACAAGCAGGGACUGCCUUCUAAGCUGGAAGGAACACUCUGCAAGCUCAGACACAUUGCUAACAAAUACACCAGCAAGUCUGCUCUGGCGGGUGACUCAAACCGUGUCCGUAAUCAGAUGAAGGAUUUGGAGGCCGAGACUGCCGCGAUACUUGAUGAGGUGAAGAUGGUGAAAGGCACGAUAGCGCGCACACUGGCAGCUUGGGACUCGUACUGUGACACUUACAGCUCGCUACACGCCUGGCUGGAGCAGGGAACUCGGACAAACAGAUCCAGACAGGGAGCUGAAGUGACGAUGGAGAUGAUGUCCGAGUGGAGCUCUCGCAGGGAGCGUCUGAACGAAGUCGGAAACUACCUAAUGGACGUCACGGAUCCACAGACCAGUCGCUUGGUUUCUGAUGAUCUCUGCAAGAUUAACCUGAUGUGGGCUGAUUUUGUCAAAAGAACCCAGUUUGAACUUGUUGAAGAGCAGAACGUAACUCCACCAAGUCCUCAGACUCUUCAGGGUUUGAUCAGAGGCGCCACACAGCUUCUGAAGGAACCAGUAGAGGUGCUAUCAGGAUCACUUCAGACAUACAGGAAAAGACUGCAGUUCAUGAUGAAGAAAAUACAGGCUGUCGAUCUGGAUUCUCUCUCUCCAUCACUUGAGUGCUCAGCAGAAACUCUGAACAAACUCAAGCAGGCCAUUCCGGAGGUGCUGCAUACACUCUGUGAGGCCAUGCAAGUGUGUGAAGAGUUGCAACAAAGCACGUCGGGCCUGAAUGGUCGUCUGGCCGAACUGAGACACUGGGAAGUUGAGAUCAGAGAGUUUUGUGACGACCUAAAGGAAAAAUCACACCGACGCCAAAGGGGGCAGGACUCAAGGACCCGGUCACUGAUUUCUAGAGGUCUGCAGCUAGAAGGCCAGGUGGUGAUGGAGGAGCAGGAUCUGCAGGAGAUGGUGAUGUCACGUCAGAAGAACUCGCCUCUGCAGUACCUCAUUGCCUCAAUGAUGCAGGACAGAGUCCGUGCCGCUGUCGCACAAUCACAGGAAGCUGUUGGGAUGCUCAGCUCCUUGGGCGCUUACAGAGACAGAAGCCCAACAGAACAUCAGCCUCCACAAAAGGUCUUCAUCCAGAAACAAGAGGUUUUGAAACCCCAAACACAACCUCAACCAGUGCCUAUGAUUGUUGUGCAGGAAUACCAAGAAGAGAAGAGUCAAAUCCAAGCAGCAGCAAAACCACAGUUAAGGAAAGAAUCUGUUGAAGACCUUCCACAUCAGAGUAAACUUGGAGCCCAAGAACAACCACAUGUUCUUCCUGAAAUCAAGCCACAGGAUGAUCUGGUAGGUAUUGUGGCACAGGGGGAACCAAAGAGACAAAAAAGAGUUGAUGACAAAGAAACAAUGGAAUCUCAGCUACAUCAUCUGGAUACAAAACAAACACAAGAGCAAAUUAAGCAAGCACCCGCAAGGCAACAACCUUUGACUGUGCAACAAGAACCAGCACAACCACACAUGCAGUUGGACACUCCGCAACAAAGUCAGGGUCAGCAGCAGCAGGUGCAAAUACAGAAACAAGGUACAAGCCAACAGCAAACCACCUUCCAUCAGUCAGUAACGGUAAGAAAAUCUCAGAAAUGUGCAGAGAAUAGGCCUUGGCUACAACAGAAGGCCCAAGUAGAGGCUUUGGCCUCCGAACAAGUAGGUAAAGUAAAUUCAGAGGCAUUGUCACAACCAAAGGUUAUUGCCACUGCUGUUUCUCAACCUCUGGUAUCUACAAUAGAUCCAGUCCAGGCACAAGCCAGAGUGACUUGGAUCCAGCAACAGCAGCUUAUUACACUUAGUACCAGUGUUGCAUCUCAAGCUAUAGUUUCUACAACAGACGCAAACCAAGCUCAAGCCAAGAGGGUCACACAGACACAUCCCAAAGUGACUCAACCCCAGCAGCAACAGCCUGUGACAGUCAUUGCCAGUGUUGCAUCUCAACUUGCGGUAUCUGCAGUGGACCCAGUCCAGUCUGAACCCAAGAGUGUUAUACAGACACAAUUCCAAGUGACUCAAGUACAGCAACAGCAGUCUCUUAUGCAAGCCAAAAUGGGUCAAGCCCAACAAGAGAGACAAACCAAAGUGGGUCAAGUACAACAGCAGCAGCCUGUCACACAUGCUCAAUUGGGUCAAGUACACCAACAGACCUUUGUCUCCCAAAUGCUCCCAAAAGAGCCAUUACCAGCUGUGUUACCUGUUACUUCACAAAAACAACCUCAGGCUUUGACGAUCCAACAACAUCUACACUCAUUCACAACCACCACAUAUACUCAACCACCAACAAAGCAAUCAGAGAUGCAACCACCACUCAUGACUCAAAUGCAAAGGACAAUCAUGGGUCAGACUCAACUCCCAAUUAUGUCUCAAACUUGCCAAUAUCUGCCAGCUAUGGGGGAAGAAAGUCAAAUCACAAGAUAUCCCCCAACACCAGUUCAACCUCAAAUAAUAACUCAAAGGCAGCCACACCCAGCUGCAACCCAGUCUCUACCCCAGCAAGCAGUACUUCACAGUCAGUCUCAAGGAGUUCCUAUAACAUCAGCCCAGCCCAGAAGUACGACCCCUAUCCAACCGCGAAUAAUCACCAUGCCUCAGAGUCAACCGCAAUUCUGUAAACCACCUCAGUCCCCACCUCGUGUUACGGGUCUUGGUCAAAUUCAUGACUGCAUUCAGCAAAGACCGCAACCUCAGUGGAGACCAAUCAUGCCUGACAUAACGACACAUCAUGAGACCUCCCACCAGGGUUUCAUGCCAUCCCAUAUGCCACUCCAGGCACAAUUUCAGAGCCAUCCACAGUCACAAGGUGUCACCCAAACUCAAACCCAGCCUCAGCAAUGGGCACCAUUAAGAGGCGGUCUGGUGAUACAGACUUACCCGAAUGUCCAGGGUUCAGGUGAUGUGCAUCCUUCUCCUCAGUCUCCAGGAUACUCCAGUCCUCAGCCACAGACGCAGCAGUGGGGGCAGUUAAGAUUUGAACCAACAGUGCAGCCUUACUUGGAAAUAAGUCCUCAAAGUCCAGUUCAGUCAUUUGUACCAUUACGGCAUUUGCAACCAGUCAGACAACCUAACCUGGUCAGCCACAGUUACCCAGGUGUUCAGAUGUAUGAAUACCCACAAGUCCGACCUCAAGUCACUCCAAGACCACAGAGCCCUCCUCAGGAAUGGCCUAUGCAACCAGAGCCACAAUCCCAAGUUCACUUUCUGAAAAUGGCUCCUCAACCAAUGGCCCACACACCUUGGGUCCAGCCACCAUCUCGAGCUCCAGUAAGACCUCAAGGACCUGCUCCACAGCAGCCCCAAACUCAGCAGCAGCAGUGGCCACAAAACAGGCCUGAGGUUACAUUUCAAGUUCAGAUUCAGAGCCAAAGUAUGCAGUCACAGCCUGAGCUCCAACUUUUGCAAAAGCCACAUUCGCCAGAGCAGAAGCAACCCCAACAGCAGUCAGUUGCUCAGGUCAAACCUCCAGCCCUAGCUCCAGUAAGACCACAAGGUAUCGCUCAACAGCAGCACUGGCCACAAAACAGGGCUGAGGCUUCAUUUCAAGUUCAGAUUCGGAGCCAAACUCUUCAGACACAGCCUCAGGUACAAGCUUUACAAACGCCACAGUCUCCAGUGCAGGAGCAACCCCAACAGCACUCAGAUGCUCAGGUCAAACCUCCAGCUCAGGCCCAGGCUCCUCCCCAGGCCUAUUCAGAGGCCUACGCAGAAGCGCAGACACUAGCAAGGAAGAAGGUUGAAGAUGCCAAGCACUGCCUUCAAGAGCACAUUCGAGAAGCUAUCAUGAUGUUCAAGGGCAAGAAGGAAUCUCUGGAUUGUGAGCUCCUGAAGGAAUUCCUGAGGGCUGUACAAGGACUGGAGGCUUUCUGCACCCCAUCACAGCUCCAAGACAUGGAGCUCUUUACCCAGUCUGUCAGAAAUCAGUGGGAGGCCUGUUUCUCAGCUGAGAGUAGUUUAGUUCCGGCUGAACAGCAGCUGGAGGCCCUGAAGCAGCUGUGUGAGACGUUGAGUCCAGAAGAUGCCAACAGGCUGGCCCAGGCUCAGCCCUGGGAAUGUGAAAUGACACACACUGCCAUUCAGCAUCAGUCCAGUGGAGAUCAUGACAUGACACCAACAGACUGUGGUGUGCUUGUAGAGCAGACAAAACAGACAUCACAGAAAACUGCCCUUGCAGAGAAACCUGUGGAAAUCACGACGGAGACCUCCUCCAUCACACCUCAAUGGUCAAAAACUGUGGAGAAGAAAGAGAUACUAAAGCAGAUAAGCGUGGAGGAGGACAGGUACAGAAGUUCCAGAUUCGCCCUCCAAGCUCAGCUGAAUAGAAACGAGCAGAACAUGCUGGGAGAUCGCCCCUCGGGGUCGGCCACGGCCACAGACCUGCAAAAGAGGCUCCGAGAGCUAAAGGCUUUGCAGGAUGAGACGGAGUCUUUAUGGCUGGAGUACGAGGUGCAGUGCUCACAGUGUUCUCCGAUCAAUGAGAGAGCGGUGGAGCAGGACCGAGCCGAGCUCAUGGUCAAGUGGAGGGAGCAGAGAGGGCAGCUACAGAGGAGGGUCGAUUCUCUUGGCUCGGCUCUGGAGCUCAUGGAUUCCACCGAGCACAACAUUGCAGAGAUUUCCGAGCAUCUCGACAAGUUCAUCAAGGAACCCAAAGAUGUUAAAGGAUAUACACUGAUCAGUGCAAACAUCCUGAAAGAUGUUAAGGAUUUGGAUGAGAAUAUCCAAACCCACGUGGACCGCCUGUCUCGGUUUGACUCGGAACCAAGCCACCUGGACCUACGUGACCGGUCUCCUCUCACCCAACUCGUGCUGAACCACAGAUCCAGCCUGGAUCGUCUCCGACAGCAAGUGCGCAAGAGCGAGGCGGCAGCUCGCGCACUAGACCGCUUCCUUGCAUCGCUGCGCACUUUAGAUCAGGAUGUCUCGUUUGUGCAGAGCGCUCCCUGUGCCGAUGUAUUGGUGCUGCAAGACAGCAGGUCCAAACUAUCUCUGAUCAGGAAGGGAGCAGCAAGCCUGAGUGAUAAAGCACCACAGUUGGAUCAGCUCCUUGGCGGAGCCCAGAUGAAGGUGACCCAAGAGGGAAGCUCCGUGACCUGUCUGGAUAUGGUGGCGGUCCUGGUACGGAAAGUGGAAGACGCUGACGACAAGCUGAUUAUCCAGCAAGAAGAGCUUCAGAAAGAGCAGCAGAGCAAGGGACUCGGGAUGAGGAAGAAGACUCUGCUGGUAGAGCUGAAGAAGGUGCAGGGCGUGGCAGAGAAGCAGGGGCUAAAGGAACCCACCAUGCCGGCUGUACAGCACCGGAUUCGUGCUUUGUCAGAUCUGGAGAAGCAUCUGAACUCGCUGCGUCCAGAGUACAAGAGUAUCAGAGAAACUGCUUCAAAGCUUUCUCCAAACACAGAGCAGCGUGAUGAGAUGGAGUCUGUCUGGGAGGAGACCAAGAGAGCUGUUGCUGAAAGGCAAGAGCAGUGCAGCACUCUUAUGGAACUGCUGAAGAAGUUUCAGAGCUCUCGUGCUUUCCUGGGCAACAUCCUCCAGAGGGCAGAGCAAGCGAUCAGCGAGCAGGCAUCGUACAUGAGUAAAGACAACCUCCAACGCCUCAUAGCCAGGGUUCGUGGGAUAAAGGAGGACCUGAAUGGCCUCGGACCUAAGAUCGAGGAGUUCAGGGCUGUUUGCAGGCAGCUACAGUCUCAACUAAAGAAACUCCCAGACUGCUCAGAAACUCCGUUUGAAGCCGAGGCAGAUGCUCUGGUGGACUCCUGGCUGGAUGUCUCAGAGAAGACGGACAGCUACAUGGACAACCUGCGCAUGGGUUUGGAGGUGUGGGAGAAACAGCUGAUGCUCGGGGGAGAGUUGGAGGUUUGGGCUGCUGCUAAACUCAGCCUUUUUGCCGAGUCAGACCCGUUCAGCAGCGAGAAAGAGAUCUUCGAAACGAAGGAUGAAAUCCAGAUGAAGGAACAGAGCAUCGAACAGUUUCACAGGAAAUCGCUGGAGAUCCAGGAACUGCUGCAGAGCAAAGAAGCUCCACUGGAGCUGCAGGUCAUAGAGACUGCUCUGAAGAAGAAGAUGGAGCAGGUAAAGGAGAUUUUCGACAACCACACCGAAGCCUUCCAAGAGCUGCUGAGUGUCCGUGCGCACCUCCUCCAGAGGAUUGAAGCCUGUCAAACAGCCAUCCAGAGAAUACACUCCUCAGUGAGAAUGCUCUGUGCUGAGAACAAAGCUCUGCUGCAGCAGCAUCUCCAGGAUCUUUCUGAUCAGUUGCUGGAUCAGGAGGAAGAGGCUGACACUCUGAUUAAGGAAGUUGAGCUCAUGUCCAGCGUGACUGCACCUCAGGCCCUCGAAGAACUGUCCAAGAAAAGCAGACGCCUCAAAGAUAACGUCGCAGUGACUCGGGACCUCAUUAGUCAAAAGAAAGAACAAGGAGAGAAAAGUGUUCUUGUACAGUCAAUUAAAGAUGAGUGUCAGAUGUUUGAGGACUGGCUACAGGAUGCACAGCUUCCUGUCAAUGAGUGUUUUGAGAACCCAGAGACGAGGGAGGACAUGGAGGCGUCCCUGCAGAGACUACAAGAUUUCCUGGCUUCUGAAGAAGGUGAGCAGCGACUUGCCCAGGUGAAGAAGGCUUUGGAGAAGAAAGAUCAGGAGGAAGUCUCUGCUGAAAUGCAGGCUGAACUUUGUGCCUGGCAGCAGGAGCAGGAGGGAGAGCUGACCACGCUCCGAGCUCACUGCCAGGGACGCCUCAGACAGCUGGAGGACAUCCUAAUCAAACUCAAUCGCUUGCAAGCAGAAUAUGCCCAUUUCCAAGAUUGGUUGCAGCAGAGAGAGAAGCUACCAGAGCAAAGGGAAAAGCUGAGACAAGUCCAUGAGGAGUUUCUCAAGGAAAGCGGACGUAUUGAGGCAUUCAGUGACUUGCUAGCUUCUGUAAGAUUGAAAGGAUUAAGAGGAGACCCCUUGCUAAGAGACAGCGAGUCCCUGGUGGACCAGUACCACAGUCUCGGAAUUCGUUUGGAGACUCAAUCUCAAAUCCAUAAAUCAUUGGAGGAGGAGGUAGAAAUAUUCCAUAUCAAAGAGGAAAGCACUAGGAUGUGGGUGAGAAACUUAAACCAGAAUCUGGACUCCUUGGACAAAGACAAAGACGGUCCAAUAGAGGAAAAGCUCCCUAAGAUUCAGGCUGUUUUAGACCUACGUGUUGAGGGUGACUCCAAGAUGACCGCUUUGAAGAUGGAUGGUGAGCGCUUGUGUGCUCAUGUCGAGUUGGAAGAAAGCGUGCAGCAGGAACUUAUCCAGGCCCUGAGAAAUAUAGCCGAUGAAUGGAGAAGAGUUCUGGAUUUGGCACAGCAGCUUAAAGCUAAAGCUGAGCUCCAGCAGACUCUCCUAAAAGAACUAGAAGCUCUCCAAGAUGAGAAGAAGAAUACCCGGUCAUGGGUGGAUGAACAAAUGCAAAAGCUGGACUUCCUGGACCAAGGUACACCAAAACAGGAAAAACACAAGAAGUUAGAGGAGGUCCUGAGUCUGGAACAAGAAGGCAACUCAAAAUUGAUAGCUCUAAGAAUAAAGGGAGAGCGCAUAUGUGCUCAGAAGGAGAGGAAGAGUCACAUCAUUGAACAAAGCCAGAGUGAGUUGGAGGAGGAGUGGGCAAGGGUUCUGCAAACUGCACGGGAGAUGAAGAACCAGACUGAACGUGAAGGUGCUCUCUUCAAGGAACUAAAGAGCUACCAAGACCAGCUGGAAUGCACACAAGCUUGGAUUAGAAAGCUUAAAGUGACCCUGCAGUCCAUGGAUAAAGCCUCUCCAGCUGAGGAGAUCGCUGCCCAAGCUCAGACUGUUUUGGUCCAUGGUCCAGAAGGUGACUCAAAACUUGCUGCUCUGAAGUAUACAGGUGAGUGCGUGUGCACUUGUGAAGGGCUGAAAGAAGACACGAGGCAGUCCAUCCAGCAAACUCAGGGAGCCUUAGAGCAAGAGUGGAGAGAAGUGCUCGAUUUUGCUCAAAACCUGAGGAACGAAGCAGAAAUCCAGGUCGCUCUUGAUAAGGAGGUUCAAGAUUUUAAUUCCCAAGAAGAAAUCUUUCGAGCCUGGGUUAUAGAGCUGCAGGAGCGGUUUGAAUCACUGGACAAAGAUGCUCCUCUACAGGAGAUAGUUGAUGCAUCACAGACCAUCUUGAACUCGCAGCCAGAGGCAGACUUGAAGAUGGCUGCUCUGAAGAGCAAAGGAGAGAAUCUGUGCACAAAGCUGGAUGAAACCAGGAAGGAAUCAAUCCAGCAGACUCUUAGGGAUGUUCAGGAGAAACUGAGAAAUUUGAUGGAAAUUGCCCAAGAGCAGAGAAAUCAGGCUGAGCGCCAGGAUUCUCUCUCCAACGAGCUUCAAGCUUUCCAAUCGAAGGAAAACGAGAUGCAAUCCUGGGUUGAAGAGUUGAAGCAAGAAUUGGUUUCACUGGGCAGAAGCACUCAUGGCACCCAAAAGCAAAUAGAGGAAAGGCUCAACAAAGCUCAAGCUGUUCUGAGCCUUCGACCUGAAGGAAACUGCAAGAUGUCCUCCUUAAAAAGAACAGCAGAGUGUCUGUGUGGUCAGGAAGAGCUCGAUGAACAAACGAGACACGCACUUGUGCUGAACCUGAAGUCCUUAGAAGAAGAAUGGAAAGGAGUUCUCCAGAACGCUCAAGAGCUACACAGUUUCUUGAGGAGCGUGUUGGAGCGUCUGGUUUCCUGUCAGUGCCAAAGACAGCAGACUGAGUCUCGUGUGCAGCAGCUGAAGCAGCAGACGGCAGCGCUGCCUCGCCACUUCCCCUGGCCCGGAUUAGGGGACCGCAGGCAUGCAGUGGAGCAGGCUACGUCUCUUCUCGACAAGGCGAGGUCUCUGAGCCCUACCCUGUCUGCUCUCAGAGCCCUGGGACGAGAAAUGAGCCAGCUCACACGGGACCCAAGCUGGACGGAUCCGUCUUGGACAGCCAUGGAGGAGUGUGUCCCUGGGUUAAUCAGAGACUUGCUGGAAUUGUGUGAAAACCUAGAGGAGGGCAUUCGCACAGAAAGAGACUGCGUUCAACUGGUGGAGCAGCACAGUGCUGCUCAGGACUGGCUGAGAGAGCAAGUCAAAGCUUUUGCAGCUCUGCCGAGUGAUCGCCAUGGGUUACAGGGCUGUAUUAACACUUUAAAGGCUCUUCUUCGGACAGUGGAGAGGGAGGAGAGAGAGAUGAGAGAGCUCAACUCAGCAAAAGACGCCCUGAUCAACUUGUGCACUCCAGGGGGUCGUCAUGCACUGACUUUAGAAACCGCCCACCUCCAUGACCUUUGUGCGGCCUCUGAGAAGGAAAUAAAGGAGAAGCUUGUUGUCUGUGAGACUAGAUUGGCUGACAUUGAAUCGAAGAAAGCUGAAAGAGCGGAGAGUCUCCGAGUACAGGCUGAGUGCAUUCUGAAUGAUCUCCGAGCACAGGAAUGGCCAGGAUUGGUCGAAGGAAAGGAGAAUAUCAGCCAGCUGCAGGAAAACUGGAAUAUCCUGAAGACCUGUGAGAAUGAGCUCAAGGCAAUCGAGGGCGAAGUUCAUGAUCUGGACCAAGCUGUACACAUGAUGUCCAUUGAGGAAGACCUUCCUUCUAAUGUAAUUUCUCUUGUAGACACAGUGACCCAACAGUACUGCAGAUUGCAGUCCAGGCUAUCCAAAGGACAGAAUGACUGUGCUGACAGUGCAGCGCGCUGUAUGAGGGACACACUGCAGGCCCUGUGUUCCUGGACCCAGUCAACACGCUCACAACUUCUUUCUGACUCGGCGUACACCAUUCAGAUGAUGAUUGAGGAAGGUGCAGUACUGCAUACGAACCUGCAGGUGGCAGUGUCACAUAAGCAGCUGCUCACGGACUGUCUGGGUCAAGAACUUGCCAACAAGCUGGAGAGAGACGGAUCAAAUGCAUUAAAGGAUGCAGAUACGCUCAUUAAUCAACUUCAGCAGCGGCUGCAGGAUCUUGAGGUGGAAAGGAUGAAGAAUAAAGCUCUUACAUUGUCACUGGAAACACAACCCAGUCAUUUGGUCUCAGAGGUUUCCUGUGAACGGCCCAGCACGCUGGAUGCUACCACAAAGGUUGAGCUUGAUUGGUCAAAGCCUCAAGAUAUUUCCUUUGAUCAAGUGGACAGUGCUCAAAGUUCAGCAGUUGAACCUCUUGUAAUUGUGGACAGAGAUGUUACCAUGUCAACUGUCGAAGAAUCUCCAGAAAAAACGGAAGAGCUACUGGAAACAUUAGUGAAAAAUGAUGUUCUUGCUGAUAAUCAGUCAAGUGACAAGUUAACUAUGCCAUCUGAACAGAAAUCAACUAGAACCUCUGAACUAGACAAACCAACUGAUGUUGCUGGAUCUGAAAAUCUAAGAACAGAGUUUCACCCUCUCCAUGCUGAUCUCCAAGUUUUAGAAUCUGUCACAGAGAGAUUAAAACCAUCUGAAGAGUUAGACAAAAGAGCACUUCCACUGAACACCCCUGUCUCCAUCAUCAUGAACAGAGAUCUCAGUGAGGAGAUUUCAGAAGAGAUGGACUUUCCCGCAGCAGACUCUUCACUGACAGAACUACAUUUUGAUGGUUUGUCGACCACAGCUUUGGCUGUGCAGUCUGAUGUAAUACCAGAAGUUAAUGAAUCUGCCAUUGGUCCAGCAAAAGGUGAAGAAAAAAUUGAGAUGGAGGCAAGGGAAAAGAUCCAACCUGCCUUGGGUGAAGAGCUCCAUGAUGCUGAGACAUCUGUGGAAGGAAAACCCAAGGAAUCGAUUGGAAGUGACAAAAGUACAAUACAUGUUCACAGUCUCGACCGAGACUCUGAUACAGUCGAAGAACCACAUAGGAAGUGGUCAUUUACUCCUGAUUCCUGUGUACUUAUGAGUGAGGAUGGUAAAAUCCCAAAGAAGAAAAUAGCUGCAUUAAUUCUUGAUGCAGACACAGUACAUAUUCAUACUACUGAGGCCCCUGGCUCAACUGACCAUAAUGCAGGGAGAAUUGAUUCAACUUCAAAUCCUGGCUAUGACAGAACUUUGUCUCAACAAGUGGAAAGGUUGGAUACAUCAAAUGAAACGAGAAAAGAAUUUGACAGUCCUGCCUCUCUGGAUCAACAAGAACUGGAAAAUGCCAGUCAACCCCCUGAGGAAAAUACUGCUCAAACGCUUUACAAUGAGCCACAUACCACACAACCUGAGAGAGAAGGAACCUGGACAACAAACAAUGGUCCACAGGAGAUCCAGAGAGUGAUGGAACCACUCGAACACUGGACUAUGAAUAAUGGCCCUCGAGAGAUCCAACGCAGAUGCAUCAUUCUGGAAAGACGGGAUGGACUAGAGAUGCGUCAAGAACCAGCUGCUGAGACAAACAUGCCAGCACUGGAUGCUGUCACAAGUAAACCUGGCAGAGUAGUAACAGAUCUUUCCGAACCUGAAGUUACAGAAAACGUUGCAUACGAAGUGGGUAAAGAGCGAGUUGAAACUGAAGACAGCGAGAGAGUCGCAUCAUAUGCUAAGAAACAGUCUGAGACAUUAGAGAUCAUGGGGACAUUACCAAGUUCACCACUUAGAAGGAAACUAGACAAGGAAACUUCCUUGAUUAGUGAAGACAAGCUAGAGGAAGUAGAAGAUACGGUAAUUGAGGAAGUUGAGAACAAAAAAAGGACAAUCGUAAAAGGUGAGACUAAACCAACCCCACCAACCAGACAAUCUCAGGAAAGUGAAAAGUUAUCAGUCAGUUCAGAAGUCCAAUCUGAAGAAGCAAAUCUUCCUGCAGUAACCAAUCAACAACACAAACAUGAUAAAACCCAGUUACCACCUGCAGAAGUUUUUCCAACUCCACUAAAAAGAUAUAAGGACAAGUUAGGAGAAGAAAGGCUGUCACCAGAUCUUGAUGCUCAGCCAACCCCACCAGAAAAAAGACAAAAAGAGAAGUCGGAGCAUCAAGAACGUGAACUGGAGAAGAUGAGUAAAACAAUAACUGUUGAGGAGCCUCUUGUAAAACCAUCUCCGCCAGUGAGACCAAAAGUCCGUCAGGUUGAAAGUGACAGCACCUCAAUGCUUUCAAAAAUGGAAAUACUGGAAGAGACACUGGUGAAACCCACACUUCCAGCAAGAACUAGAGAUGGCAGAAAUGUGACUAACCUAGUGUCCAACAGCAGUGAUUUGGACAAAACAAGGACAAAAGAGAGCGCUGUUCUGGAGUCUCUUGAAAAACCAACUCCGCCAGUGAGACGAAAAGCAAGCGCAGAUGAAAGUUCCUUUAUCACCCCACUGGUCUCCAAACCCCAAGGAAUGCCAGAGGAUAUACUGGUGAAACCCACACCUCGAACAAGGAAGAAAGAUAGCAGAAGUGUAAGAGACACCACAGUUAAAGAAAUAGACAGUCAAAUUUCUAAGAGUGGUGAACUGGAAAAGACCGUGACACAAGGAAGAGCUGUUGAGGAACCUUUUGUAAAACCAACCCCACCAGUGAGAAGAAAAGGAAGUCAAGUAAGUCAAAUCCAAGAAAUCGAGGAGACAUUGGUGAAACCCACACCUCCAACAAGAAGGAGAGAUAGUAGAAAUUUCAGUGACCGGGCUGAUGAUGAAAUAGCCAGUAAAAUUUCAAGUAGCACUGAUUUGGAGAAGACAUUGACAGAAGAGAAUGUGCUUGAGGAGCUACUGAUUAAACCAACUCCACCAGUGAGACGAAAAGUGUCAAGUCAAAUUGAAAGCGUCACUGUUUCAGCGCUUUCCAAAAUCCAAGAAGUCGGGGAGAAUGUUGUGAAAUCCAUACUUCCAGCAAGAAGUAAAGAUGACAAUGUGAGUGACAAAGGAGCCAUCAAAAUUUCCAGCAGUACUGAUUUGGAGAAGACCGUGACCCAAGAAAAAGCUCUUGUGGAGCCUCUUCUAAAACCAACUCCACCAAUGAGACAAAAAGUAAGUCAAGUUGAAAGUAAUAUUAUUUUAGUUGAAUCAGAAGCCCAGGAAAGCGAGGCUACAAUGUUGAAACCCACGCCACCAGUAAGAAGGAGAAAUAGCAGCACUAUGACUAACACAGGGGCCAGUAGAAUUUCCACCAGCUGCGAUUUGGAGAAUUCAACUUUGGUGACACCAGAAAGAGUUGUUGAAGAGACGCUUGUAAAACCAACUCCUCCAGUGAGACGAAAAAUAAGUCGAGCUGAAAGUGACCUUUCCAUUGUUGAUGAAUCCAAAAAAAUGGAGGAGACUUUAAUGAAACCCACACCUCCAACGAGGAGGAGAGAUGGCAGAAAUGAGAGUGACAUGGUAGCCAUCAAGAUUUCCAGCAGCACUGAUUUGGAGAACUCGGUGACGGAAAAAAAAUCUGUUGAGGAGCCCCUUAUGAAACCAUCUCCUCCAGUGAGACAAAAAACAAGCCCACCUGAAAGUGACCGUUCCUUACUUUCUAAAACCCAAAAAAUGGAGGAGAUUUUGUUGAAACCAACACCUUCGUCAAGAAAGGGAGAUGGUGGAAAUGUGGAUGAAACUGUACCUCAGCAAAUGGAGAACACAAUUUCCAGUAGUGCUGAUUUGGAAGAGAUAGUGACAAAAGAGAGUGCUGAUGAAGAGGAUCUUUUAAAACCCACUCUGACAGUUGGACAAGAAGCAAGGCAAGCUGAAAGUGACAUUUCUCCAGUGGUUUGCAAACCUCAGGAGCCAGAGGAGACCCUGGUGAAACCCACACCUCCAACAAGGAGCGGUAGUGAAAUUAAGACUAAGACAGUUACUGAAGUUUCUCAAUCUGAGGGACAGGAGAGUCUGACUGAACCAACUGUGAGGGAAAACGACAAUGAAGUAGAGCAUGAAAGUAUCAAAGUGUCAUCUGUUAGCACAGAACCUGAAGAAGCUCUGCCGAAACCAACCACGCCAGUUGACCACAAGGAUACAACUGAUCUUGAUACGAUUCCAAUAAAAGUAGAAGAGCCAUCGAUCCAAUCAACCCCACCAACCAAGAAGAUAGAAGAAAGUGUUGAAAUCCAAUCAAUGAUCAAACUAAAGGAUGAGCAGCCUGAGAAAGAGCUCUGCUCUGAUCUGGGCAUGGAAUCUACAGAACGCUCGACUGAGAUUGAAAGCGUUGGUUUGGUUGAGGCACAAGUACAUGAUGCAGGUAAAUCAGAACUCCCCAGUCAGGAUGCAUCAGUAGCCAGAAGUACUGAUGUGUCUGAGGUGUUGGAGGAAGAAGAAGAACCACUUGGUGCUACAAUGAAUAGUAUUUUCACUGAGAUUGAAAAGAUGUCUAAGACCAGACCAAACAGCCUGUUAAUUGAGAGCAGGCCUUACGAAGAUCCUCUGGACAUUCUCAACACCUCUGAUGCUGACCUUGAGGCCCAGUUGGACAGAUUGGUGCUCUGCAUACUGAGUUGCCGUAACAGCCUUGCAGUGCUCAACCCGACAGAUAUGGCCAAGCAAGUAGAAGAGGCUGAGUUUUGCAGACAGAGCGCUCAGAAGCAAGUUUCCUUUAUCUCAAAGCAAGAUAACAUGAAUGGUGAUGUUGGCGUUCUUGCCACUGGCUCAGCCAACGACCCUGAGGCGAUGCAGAGACUGAGUUGCCAGUGGACCGAGGCAUUGUGGGAUGCAUCUGGCACUGUACACACCAAGGAGGCGCAGUUGCAGCUUGUGAUCGACUAUGACCGACAAAUGCAGAAAGCCAAAGCUACUCUUGAGAAACUGGCAGGUGAACUGGAGUCUUUGAAAAUGUGUCCAGUCGAAAGCAGUUUUGUUGAGGAGCAGAGACUGCGCUCCUUCCUGAGGACUAUGGAACAGGAGAGGACAGUCAUUGGAGAGCUCAUCCAGACACAUUCCCAGCUAUCGCCCCACCUCAGCCAGCCUGAGAGAGCAGCAGCACAGUUGCAGCAGAGCAUCCUGCAGUGCCAGUGGAAGGCACUGGAGAGCUCUGCUGAGAAAACCUUGCAUAAUGUCGGCGCUUACACCAGAGAGUGCUUCGACCUUUUGGAGGAUAUCAGUACUUUAAAAGAUCAUAUGGAGAACUUGCAUAAGAUCUUGGCAUCACCUUGGAUUUCAUCUGCUGAGAGGAGAGCACAAGAAAUGAUUGAGCUCAGCGCUGAGCUCACAGCUGCCAAACACAGAUAUUUUGAUCUCUAUCCAAGAUUUGAAGCUCUCUCGCAAGGAUGUAAUUUCAAGAUUGAGGUUUGUAACGUACAGCAAGGCUUAUGGAGUGUCAAAGAUCACAUGGAUCUGAUGGGUGAGGAGUUGGCUUUUUCAAUCCCAACCAGCAGCAGCCCAACCAUGGUCAAAAUCAUCAAAGUGGUAACAGAAGCCCUCGCUUGGGCCAAGAAGACGGAGUACGAAAUUGAGUAUAGGCAAAGGAAGAUUUCUCUGCUUCCUGAAGAAGUCCAUCGUCAAAUCAAGGACUUUAAGAAGCUGCAUUCGGAGAUGACCUCGAAGAAGAUACAGUUAACCACUCUGACUGAGGAGGUAACAGAGUUGAUCCCAGAUCUUGACAAACCUGAUGUUUCUGUGGUCACUUCCUUUUUGGAACUGUUGGCAAGUUUGUCAAAAUCAAUAGCAGAAAAAUUAGCCACUGCUAUGGAAGAAAUACAGCUAAGCCUUCAGACUCGGGAGAAGAUUUCAGAGCAGAUCGCCGAUGUGGAUUCCUGGAUUCUGCGCCAUCUCCAUAAGGAAUCUCUGAGUCGAGAGGAUUUCCAAAGCUUGAGCGCAGCAGAACUUGAUCGAAGGUUACGACAGAGUCAGGAUACACUCCGUGAGGCAGAAAAACACUCUGGGAUUACAGAGGCUUUGCUCAUGAAGAGUAAAGACAUUACCUCUGAGCUUAGCAUCUCUGAGAACGCAUUGCUGUAUGAGAAACUCACCAAGCUUCAGGAAGACGUAAAAGACGUAAUCAGUUAUGAGAAAUCCUCCAUCCUGGAGAUAACAGAUAUUUUACAGAACCAAGAGACAUCAGAACAGAAAAUGGCUUCUUUGGAGCAGAAACUGAGACAGAUAAUGAUAGAUCUGAAAGGACAUACAUUUCCCAUCACUAAGGACUCUCUGUCUGCCAUUGAGCCUUUCAAACGUAUGCUUGUUGAGCACCGGUUUCAGGUUGAACAAUUAAACACCUCAGCAGAAGGCAAGAGGAGAGAGUUGCUAUGUGUGAUCUCUGAGCUCCAUCAGAAAAUGAAAGCUUUUCAUAGUAAGUCUCAAAUCCAUGAAAUUUUCCUCAACCUCAAGCAGCGUAUUGAGGAUCUUCGGGAAAAUGUAGAGCUGUGUGUCCCAAAGACCAAAGAUGAAAGCCUUGCCAAAGAGGAACGCUAUAAGAUCUGUCAGUCUCUUCUUACCCAGAUUCCGAUAAUCAAACUUGUGUACAAGGAAGUAUCAGAUGAACUUAUAAACAUCUCAUCAGACCUUUAUCCAUCUCAACUAGCUACUGAACAACAGAGGCUCAAACAAAACCUUGACAGUCUUAACACUUGGGAGAUGGCUAUCCAAAAUAACCGUCAUAUUGUGGAACGGGACAUUCUUCAGGAAAUAAAUUAUUUCUCAGAGCAAAGAGUGGUACACGGUUUCCUCAGAGAGGUUCGUCAGGUGCUCGAGAAGGCAUAUGAGGUGGAGUCUAACCAGGGAGCUGUUGAAGACGAACUCAGAAAGUUUCUGAAACUUAAGAAGAACGUUGAAGCUAGAAUGCGGGUUCUGGAGGUUUUGGAAAUUAAAAACGGACACCAGCGAGGGUCUCGAAAUGCUAAAGACGUCGCAGACUUGGCCAAAAGUGUUUUAGACAACUGUGACCAAAGAUUGAUGGACCUGUCCAAAGCAAAGGAAUUACUGAAAAGCUAUUCGAGAAGAGUCAGAAGUGCCAAUCAGUUCCUCCAGAGGACUGAAUCUGUUCUCCUCCCAUCUCUCUGCUCACCAAGGAGCUGUUCGGAAAGGCUGAAGGAUGUCCAACAGGCCCUGUUAACUUUAGACAAAGAGUUCCAAUCCCAUCUCAUUGAAAUUCAGACUCUUGCUCCCUUCAGCCCUUUAUUUUCAGCACAGAAGGUAGAAAAAUUACAAGCUGAGAUUCUCAGUUGCCUCUUGGUUCGAGUGUCUGCUCUUAAAGCCCAGGCCCAGCUGAGACUAGAAGCUUUACAAAGGUGUGUUAACAGCCAGAGAAGUACCCGUGUGUAUUAUGAAGAGUUGUGCCAAUGUGUCCGGGACUUCGAAACAACCCUGGUGGAGUGCGCCUCGAAAAAAAUCACAUCUCAGACAGACUGCCGUGACCAACAAGAGAAACUUAAAAAACUGGUUAAAGAGGUCGACAUCCUACCAGGGAAACUGGAUGAGCUGAGAGAGUGGUGUCCAGUGCACGGUUGCCGUAGCAACAGGGAUGAUGCUGUCAACUCUCUUUGGGGUCAGGUGGGCAGAUUGCGGCAGUGUGCCAGAGAUCUGCUUGCACACUCGGAGUGGAGGGGAGAAGAAUGGACACGCAUCAGAAAGAGCGUGGCGAAAGCAUCAUCUGUCUUGGAGCAGAUGGAGGCUGAGUUGCCAAAGAGCAGCAGAGAGAAGGCCACUGCUGAGGAGCUUCAGGAGCUGCUGCAGUUUUGGUCACCGUACCAGGACAGUCUAGACUGUGAGCAUCGAGCUCUGUCUGCACUGGAACUGCGAGUCGCAAGGCUGCUGAGAGUCCCCUCCCACUUGGAACAAGCCCCACCCAUCCCACUCUGUCAGGAGCUGCAAACCAUGCAAGAGCGCUACCACAGUCUAAAGUCUCGGAGUGCUCAGGGUCAGAAGGCAGUACAGACGGAGAUGGAGGAGAGGACGAAGGUGUGUGAGGAGCUUCAGGGGAUCCGGGAAUGGCUUGCAGCUGCAGGGACUGUGCUGUCAGAGCUGGAGCGAGCGCCCAACACAGAACACCUGCAGGAGCUUCACUCUGAGCUGUGUACCCAGAAGGCUGUGCUGCAGCGCAUCAUGGAGGGCCUUCGGAUGAAAUAUUCAGAUAUGUACACUCUGGUUCCCGUGGAGAUAGACGGCCCACUGCAGGACGUUUCUCACUCGCUUCAGGAAGUGGUAAAGCAGGUGGAGAUGGCUGUACAGAAGAGCGGCCCAUUACACAGGCUAGAUGCUAAACUCUCAGAGAUUAUCACAGGCCUGGAUGCUGUACAGAGCAGACUGAAGAAAAAGUGUCCUAACAUCACCGAAGCUGAGAGUGCACAGAAGUGUGUUUGGGAUGAGUUGGAUGGCUUGCACUCGCGUCUCGCAGCAGUCGAGGUGGAACUCCAGGACCUCAGUGAGGAGAAACCGGAGGAGACGCAGACCCUCAUGGAGAAACUGUCUCAGACCCAGCAACUGUACACACGCCUUUCCAAACAAGCUGAGGACAGAACAGCCUUCCUCAACAAGAUACAUGGUUGGCUGCAGGAGCACAAGGAGAUGGUGAAAGGGUCUCAGAGCUGGAUUACUGAAUCUCAGUCGUGGUUGACCGCACCCUAUACCUACACUACUGCGAAAUGUCUGGACAGCCAUGCUAACGCACUCCAGAUGGUUCUUGACGACUCUGCGCAGAUUCGCCGGACUUUACAGGGAUUUGAGAGCGUGUUGAAGGAGAUGUCGAGUGUGUGUGAUGUGAGCGGGCUUCAGCAGGAGUUGUGUGAAGCAGACCAGCGUGUCGUGGACAUGCAGAGCAGCCUGCUGGAGCCUCUAAAAACAUUAGAGCAUGCUGCAGCUGAAGUGGACGCCAUGGAGUCUGAGCUGAGGAUCAUGGAGAAGGACGUGACUGAGCUCAGAUCAGCGCUCACCUCAAAGCAAGGCAUCAGCCAGGACAAAUUCAGGGCUGCAGAAACCAGGAUCGAGCUGAUGAAGAGGACAGUUGAUGAACUGAAGAGCUGUAAGACCGGACUGCGUUGGCCAGAAGGAGCAGAAAACACGCUUCUUGUGUUCAGUCGUGCUGACUCACUACUGAGUAAACUGUUGGAGGUAGAGCAGCUGGCCCUGGAGCACACUGUUGUGGUAUCAGAGGCGUGUGAAACGUCCUCCACACUGCGCGUCCCUCCCACCAUCGCCGAGGAAGAACCUCAGGACAUUGUUUUGGGGCAGGUGGAGAUUGUCCGCAUGAUGGAUGACGUGUUGAUGCGAUCUGGAGCUGUGCUGAUGACGGUAAAGGAAGCGACACAUGACCAGAGACUUGAUUCACCAACUCACACACAGCAGCUAGGGCAUGAGGAAGAAGAAGAAAUGUAUGUGGAUGUAAGAGAAUACCCUGAUGAUGAUGAUGAUGAUUACUGCUAUGAAGAUGCAAGAGAAGAAAAUGAAGUGAUGAGGGGAUCUCCUCGCUCUGCAGGCUGUGAGAGAGUGGUGAUGAGUUGUAACACGGAGGAUACAGAGAGUGGAGGAACGACUGCUGCCGCUCAAUCGGCAGAGCGGGAUCGGAAAGAAUCAGACGCAGAGGCAGGUGAAGGCGAGCGCGUCGUCUUGGAGGCGAGCGAUCCUGAAGCAGCGUCGACACCAGCGGACACUGUGAGAACGCAGUCUCCCCCCAGAGAGCUGGAACAUGGUGCAUGGAACGGGAAGCAAUUCGAGUCAGAGAUGCUGAAGACACACACCAGCAGCACACUAUCCAUGUUUAGAGAAGUCACACACGCGCACAUAGAAACCUCAGACUCUCAGGAAACUGUAACCCCACGCCAGGUCAUGAACAAUUCAACCGAGGAGGCGUUAAGACAAGAAGAGUUCACGUCUCCGGUCUCAGGCUCCAAAGAUACACACAGUGUUAUAAAGUCAGAUCAGGGGCCACACACACCAGUCCUUUCUGCACUGACAUUUACACGCCGUCAUGAGAGGACCGCAGACAGCCUGGCUGCAGGUGAACCCUGGCACUUGGGUAAAACUCCUCCCCCAGACAGAUCGCUCCAUUCCUGCCAUGAGCGAACCACGCAGAUGGAGCUCUGGCUGGAAAAGGCCCAGCUGAGUCUGCACAGCGGCAUGCAGCAGAGUGUAGAGGAACAGCUGCACACCUGCCAGGAGAUGUUUAUGGAGAUUGAGCAGAAGGUGGCCACUGUGUCUGCCCUCGGUCAUGAUGAAGAGGAGCAGAAAUCACUCAGCGCCAAACUGCAGCUCCUGAAGAACAAACUGGUGACCUUUCAGCUCCUGCUGCAGGAGAGACACAGCGAGGAGAAGACGUGCGCUGAGAGAGAGCGCCCCCUGCAGGCUCGGCUGAAGCGCAGCACCAGCGUGCAAGAGGUGCUGAGCUCAAGGAAGGCCAAACUCUUCAGACAGAGCAGCCUGCAGCAGCAGAGGGAGUUAGAGCAGGGUCUAAUCGAGCAGAAAGAUCUGAUGAAGGUCAUUGCAGCACAGGGAAGCAGAGUCAGACUGCAAAGUCAAACUGCAGAGGAACACACGAGGCUACUUGUACCUGCAGCAGUGGUGAUGGUGGAGGAGCAGAGACAGGAAUGGGCGGAGUCAGUACACAGGAAGUGGACUCACCUCCACAGGAGACUCAGCCAGAGAGCAGAAGAGCAGCAGGAAGAUGAGAUAUCUGCUCCACCUGUGUGUGUAUGGAGCGGUGCUGAUGGAGCUGCAUGUCUCCAGGAGCUCCAGUCCUACGUCACACACCUGCGAGAGCUGGGACACACAGCAACAUCAGCACCUGAUGUGCAGGCGGUGGAUGAGCGUUUGUUUGAGGUGCUCAGUGGAACCACACUCACUCUCUUCUCUCUCUCUCACACACUCGUCUCUCAGCCAGGAAGCACACACACCCAGCUGCUGCAGCUACAGAGUUUUUCUACAGAGCUUAAUUCUUUGAGUGCUGAGUUAACCUCUCAGGGGUCAGAGGUCAUCAAAGCGUUAGGCUCCGUGGCUCCUGCAGCCGGUGUGUGUGUAGAUCUGCUGCAGGAUCGUGUGUGUGAGCUCCAGAAUGUUCUCUCAGAGAAACAGAAGCAGCUGCAGAAACAGCUGGAUCAUGCUCUGCAGAAAAAGAGCAGGAUUAAACACAUGCAUGCUGCCUUGCUUGCUAACACCUCAACCCUGAAAACACUGACUAAUGAUGAUUCACGCUGUGAUCCUCAUACACAGCUACAGGCUGUUGCCGGGCUGCAGCAGGAGCUUCAGCAGCGAGAGAGAGAGCUGGCUGAGCUGAGAGAUGAGACGGAGACACAGGAACGAGUGAUGGGUUUAACGCUGGACGUCACUACGCUGGAGAGUGUGCUGGACAGUGUGUUUAGUGAUGUGUGUCAGCGUGCUGCUGAUCUGCAGUGUAGUAUGGAGCAGCAGCAGCAGUGUGAGCGUGUGCUGAAAGGCCUGCAGGACCUGCUGGAGCUCGGCAAACAGAGACUCACACACACCACACAACUGGAGCCACACACCACGAAACAGCUACACACACUCUUCAGCACACACACGAAGUUCUUCUUGUCUCUGGGCGCUCACCUGCGGGCUCUGCAGCGUCUGACUGCCCAGAUGCCCGAUAGCACCCUCUGUAGGUGGAGCACUGUGGUGGCAGAGGUAGAGGAUCAGGUGGAUGAGCUUCAGUGUCAGGCUUGGAAAACUGGAACUGCUCUGCAAAUGACACUCCAGAUGUGGACUCAGUGGGAGGAGAGUCAGUCCUGGUUGGAGAAACUACUCCAAGGUCUGGAGCGUCGGCUUCCCAGCAUGCACUCGGACGAACAAACAGAGGAGGCGCUACAGAGGAGUCUCUCAACCUAUGAAACGUUGCAGGCCACCCUGGAGGCGAAUGGUGCAGAGAUCGGCCUGAUUUUUGAUCAGGCCAACAGACUGCAGAAAAUGGGCGUGUCUGGUCGUUCGAUGGAUGGUCUUGUGUGCAGAGUGGGAGUGGCUACUCUGAAGCUAAAACAGCGUUUCGUUGAUCUGCAAAGAAAAAUGGAAAAAGGACGAAAUUCCGCACACCACCUGAUAAAACUCUGGAAGAGGUAUCGUUGUGACGCCACAGCGAUGAUGGAGUGGAUGAACAAAGCCAGAGAACGACUGAACACGUGGAAAGGUCACAUGACCUCCUCUAGACAAGCCAUCUCCGACUUCUAUGAGUUUAUUGAGCUGUGUAAAGAGCUGGAGGUUAAAUCAGCAUUGAAAGCUUCAGUGAUCAGCGCUGGCACUGAGAUCCUAGAACUCAGUGAGAGAGAACACACAUACACAUGCUCACCAUCGUCCAGAGCCACUCAUCAUAACUCUCGGUCAGGAGAGAACGCCGCCUGCGGAGAUAUUUCACCCAUUAAGGAUGAUCCCAAUGCCGAACACAAGGACGAAGAUUCCUCAUACGAUGAAGCUCUCACUCCCGACAGCACUCACUCAGACAUAUGUCAUGGAGGAGACGCGAAUGUCCAGGAUGAGUCUCUUGUCGAAAGGUCACUGUUUGAAGCCAGCAGUUCGUCUGACGUUCCUUUGGAGAGAAAUGCUUCCAAGACUGAUGUGAUCCAGGUGAUGGCGCUGUCUCCUGCCCUGCUCUUUCUGAAGGAUCACCUGACUGAGAUGGAGCAUCGCUGGGUGGAGCUGCAUGCCGACGUCACUGCAGUGCAACAGACGCUACAUCAGCGUGUGGUGGAGAGUGUGUGUCCUCAGUCCCUGCUCUCGGAGGUGUGUAAAUGGAUCAGUGGAGCUGAAGGACACCUGCAGGACGCAGAGAAAAAUGUUGCAUCCUCACACACAGCAGUACAGCUCACACACCACCUCGACAUAUACAAGGAGCUGAACCAAGCACAGACAUGUGUGCAGAUGUCAGUGGACUUCCUGAACCAGACACAGCUGAAACAAACCGAGCCGAACCUCAGAUACAAGCACACAGCAUUCGCGGAACAGCUCGGGGAAAUGAACCUGCGCUGGACCACCCUGCAAACACACCUCUACACACAAACGCAGUCCGCUGAGCAGCAGUUGAGCGUCUGCACAGACCGAGAUGGCAAACUGCGUCUCCUGCAUGCCUGGUUGAAAGGUCACGAGGCGUGGAUGCAACUGGCUGAGAAGCCCGUCAGUCACAGUGCAGCAGAAAAGCACCUGAAAGAGUGUGAGGAAUUGAAGGAGGAGCUAAAGGCUAAGUCUGCUCAGCUGACUGAGUUGAGGAAGAGCAGGCUGAGCAGUGAUGAAGAAAAUACAGAGACAGGCUUCAUCAGUCACACUAACACCGUUUCUCAGGCACUGACUGCUUUAACUGAACAGAACUGUGCACUGAAACAAACUCUGCAGCACGCGUGUGAGGCGUGGUCCGCGUUCGAAAGUGGGUGGGGUCAGGUUACUCAGAGCACCCUGAGAGUAUGUCAAGCUCUUGAACAUUGCCACGCCCAUCACAUCUCCUUCACAGCGCUCCAAAAGAGCUCUGAUAAGCUACAGGCAUUGCAAUCAGAAGCUGAGGAAGUGGACAAAAAGCGGGAGGAGCUUAACCACACAUUCUCCAGUCUGGCUGAUUGGAUCCACACAAGCACCUCACACUUAUUAUCUGAACAGCUGAAGAAGGAAAGAUUACGGUGGUCUGAGGUGAAGCAAGAUCUUACACAUACAUCAUUGAGGUUACACACACAGCUGCAGGCAUGGAAACAAUACUCGGAUUUGUCGUCUUCCUACUCAAAGAAGCUACAGCAGGAGAAGGAUCGACUCUGUGACAUCUCAAAGAUGGCAUCCGAUCACGACAACGACACGGAAACGCUCGCAACCUGUAUACAGCGUUUACACGAUCUGCUGGAGAACACACAUUCUCUCCAGAUGGACUUGGACCGAGCGCUUGAGGCUUCAAAAGAGCUUAUUGGACAGAUGGAGCCAACUGCAGCCGCCUUCGUCCAGUCGGAGUGUCGGAUGCUGACACGUGGGCUUCAUCAGUUCGAGCAGACCGUGAAGAGGAAGCUGGGAGAGAUGCAGGAGGACGUCAAGCAGCUUCAGGAGUUCCAGCAGCUACUGGAAUCACUAGAGAUGCACUUAAAGGAGUGGACGAGUCGUGAAAGACACACAGACACUCAAGACAUAGACAUAUCAAAGGGUGAUCUGUUGGAGUUGAGCGGUCGCUCGGCUGAUGUGGCGAUGCUGAAUGAGCUCAGUUACAGACUGACCCUGAGUGACCCUGUGACCCAGAGACUGCAGAGCCUGAACAGGAAGUGGGCUGAGGCAUCUGCACACGCUCAGGAGAGAUGCAGUGAGCUGCAGGCCGUGUCUCUCCAGCAGCAGGUGUUUGAGAAGAGGUGUGAGACGUGGAUGUCGUUCCUCCAGAGGAUGGAGGACAGUCUAUCGGGAGAGAUCGCAUCCAAUUACCCUGGUCUCAGAGAGCAGUUAUGCACACACCAGAGGUUCCAGGCUGAGCUGUCUCUCGGCCAUCAGAUUCUACACUCGGUGAUUACAGAGGCUCUGCACCUGCUCCAGAGAGGAGAGGUGGAGGACAGGAGUGAUUUCCUGUUGAAGCUGGCUCAGCUCAGAGAGCAUUGGCAGGGCGCUGUACAGCGAGCGGCUCAGCGGCGCACCCUGGUGGACGGGCUGAUACAUCACUGGCAUCUUUACACACACACACUGCGCAAACUCAACACACUGCUCACACUUGUACACACACUCUUGCCUCCAGCUGGCCUCACACACUGCAGCGUGACACAGCUCCGCCGCUCGCACAGCCAGCUCAAGCGUACUGAGCUUCUCUUCCAAAGGUCCGUCUCCUCCUACCUGCUCCUGCUGGAUGUGGGUCGUCAGCUCUUCUCUGUCAGUGAUGAGGAAACACAGACGAGGUUACAGAUGGACCUGGCCACCCUGCAGGAGGACUGGGAGUGCUCCCACUGCAUGCUGGGAAAGAGGAGGACUCUCACUGCUGAUGUCAUCAAGACGUGGGAGCGCUGUACGAGCCGGCUAGCCGACCUGGCUCAGUGCCUGGAGGAGCUCAAGGUCAGCCUGAAAAAGCAGCCGAUCCAGGAGAUGGAGGAAGAGUUGAUUAAGAAGCUGCAGGACUCUCUGGAGGACUGGGCUGUGAGUCUGUGCGAAGUGAGCAGCAUGAAGACGGACGUGUCUCAGUACAUCAUCACAGAGGACGUGCUGAUGCUGCAGGAGCAAGAGGAGCAUCUGCACAGCCAGUGGGAGGAACUGUGCCUUCAGGUGUCGUUGCGUAAGCAGGAGAUUGCUGACCGGCUGAAUGCAUGGAUCAUCUUCAAUGAGAAGAACAGGGAGCUGUGCGAGUGGCUCACGCAGAUGGAGAACAAGAUGACGCACAGCUCUGAGCUCAGCAUCGAGGAGAUGGUGGAGAAGCUGAAGAAGGACUGCAUGGAGGAGAUCAACUUGUUCAGUGAGAACAAGACUCACCUGAAGCAGCUCGGAGAGCAGCUCAUCACGGCCAGCAACAAGACCAGGGAGAGCGAGAUCAGUGACAAGAUCAAGGGCAUCAACGAGCGCUGGCAGCACCUGUUCAACCACAUCGAGGCCAGGGUGAGGAAGUUGAAGGAGACACUGGUGAUGGUGCAGCAGCUGGAUAAGAACAUGAGUAACCUGCGCACAUGGCUCUCGCGUAUCGAGGGGGAGCUCACUAAACCCAUUGUGUUUGGCGUGUGUCACGGAGAUGAAAUCCAGUGCAAACUCGCUGAACAACAGGAGCUGCAGAAGGACAUCGAGCAGCACACGGAGGGUGUGGCGUCUGUGCUGACGCUGUGUGACAUGUUACUGCAUGACGCUGACGCCUGCAGUAGCGACGUUGAGAACGACUCCAUCCAGCAGACCACACACAGUCUGGACCGCCGCUGGAGAAACAUCUGCGCCUUGUCCAUGGAGAGGAGGAUGAGGAUUGAGGAGACAUGGCGGCUCUGGUGCAAGUUUCUGGAAGAUUACGCGCGUUUUGAGGACUGGCUGAGCACGGCAGAGCGCACGGCGGCGAACCCGGCCAGCACAGACAUCCUGUACACAUGCGCCAAGGAGGAGCUCAAAAAGUUUGAGGCAUUCCAGCGGCAGGUCCACGAGCGCCUGACGCAGCUGGAGCUGGUGAACAAACAGUACCGCCGCCUGGCCCGCGAGAACCGCACAGACGCGGCAUGCAAGCUGAAGACUAUGGUGAAUGAAGGGAACCAGCGCUGGGAUGAGCUGCAAAGGAGAGUCAGCGCCAUCAUCCGCAGACUCCGAUACUUUACAUCUCAAAGGGAGGAGUUUGAGGGAACGAGGGAUGCUGUGCUGGUGUGGCUCACUGAGAUGGACUUGCAGCUCACUAAUGUCGAGCACUUCUCCGAAAGUGACGUCCACGAAAAGAUGAGACAACUCAAAGCGUUCCAGCAGGAGAUCACGCUGAACACGAAUAAGAUUGAUUCUCUGAUUGUGUUUGGAGAGAAACUGAUCCAGAAGAGCUGCCCACUGGACGCUGUGUUGAUCGAGGAUGAGCUGGAGGAGCUGCACUGUUAUUGCCAGGAAGUGUUCAGCCGAGUUGCACGCUUCCACCAUCGCCUUGUCAACAAGCCACCGGUCACAGACGACGAGCGUGAUUUCUCAGACAGAGAGACGGAUAUCGAGGAGUCGUUAGAGCUGACCGGUGUGUGGGAGAGACACGCAGACAUGGAGGAUGCAUUGACACCAAUGUCUGUCCAGCCCUCAGCGUGUCUUCUCCUCCCUCCUUCACUUGAGCCAUCGGGCCGAGAGACGCCAGUCAGCGUGGACUCCAUACCACUUGAGUGGGACCACACGGUGGAUGUGGGCGGCUCGUCAUCACCCGAGGACGAAGAUGAGGCCACGUACUACAGCGCACUGUCAGUGACCGAGCCCAGCUGGCAAGACAGGAAAUGCAUCAUCCACAGCCUGACCUCCACCCCGACACGCAUCAGUGCUUCUUACCAUCCUGAGGGAUAUGCGAAGUUAAUGUCCAAGUGCUCCAAGAGCAUUGACAACGUGAAACGAGUCCAACACAUCCUGAACAAUGACCAGCUGCUCAAGGGUCAGGGCUUGACUAUACUGUCAUCUACAGACAAACAAACAGGAGUGAUUGAGAGAUGGGAGCUUCUCCAGGCUCAAGGUGAGGACCUCGGUGCUCGGCAAGAUCACCACAAGUUGACCUCUGACCUUCGAGAGGUCAUUGCCUGGCUGGACUGUGUGCUUCCUGAAUUGGACAGGCUUCAACAAGGGAGGGAGCGCCCAAGCAUUCAAGACAUGGAGAGCAGCAUCCACAAACUGAAGGAGAUCCAGAAGACUUUUGGAAGCUACAAGGCUCUGAUGAUUGAUGUGAACCUGAGUGGGCAGUGGCUCCUGCAAGGAGAUGAUGCAGAAGUGCAAGAGCUGAAGGCAGCCAAUCAGAAAUGGACACAGGCUUGUUCUGCUCUCCAGGCCUGGGAGAAUCAACUGCACCUUGAGCUUUUGCAGUGUCAGGAGUUCCAUGAGACCCUGCACUCUCUCCUGCUGUGGCUGGCUCAAGCUGAGAGUCAGCGCUACAUGGUGAACAUUCAUGACCUCAAUGUGGAUGCUGAUGUAUUGCAGGAGCACAGAGAUACACUCAAGGCUGUGCAACUUGAGCUCCUGGACCAGGAAGAAGUGGUGCAGUCACUGCAGCAGAUCUCUUCCCAGAUUCUGCAUGUGGAGCAGGGUGAAGAGAGCAUGGAGGCCAAGGAGAAGGUGCACGUUAUUAACAACAAGCUCUGCCUCCUCCUCAGACAGAUCAGCCACGACCUCAACAUCCUGACGGUCAGACUGAAGAGCAGAGGUUCAUUAAUGGAUGGAGAAUGCACAAGAGACCCAGCACUCAUGAACAAGGACUCGAGAGCUGUUCAGAGGAGACCUUCUGCAAAUGCAAAGGAAGUUUCUGGAGGCAGGCCUUUCCUCUACCGCGUUCUGCGAGCUGCAUUUCCCCUGCACUUGUUGUUCCUGCUGCUGUUGGUGCUGGCAUGCCUGGUGCCAGCGUCCGAGGAUGAUUACAGCUGUGCCCUUUCCAACAACUUUGCUCGUUCCUUUUACCCCAUGCUGCGCUACAUCAAUGGCCCCCCUCCAACAUGAGUCACAAUAAUAUUUGACCUGUACACCAUGACUGUCAAAUUGCAGAUCAGGCCCCUGUGGGAUUUAAACACAACCUUGCAGUCACUAGUGCUGAGCUCCAGCUGUUAUUGUGCAUUUUUGUUGCUCAAAGCCAUGACAUUGUGUGGAGACUAACUUUCCCUUCUAAUUUAAGUUUGAUGAGGGUUUUCACAGUGUGCGCGUGCAUAAAAAUAAUUUUAAACACUACUGACUUACCACAAAGUAUUAGUGCAUCACUAGUUAUUUGAAUUGCACUGCAGUACAAUAGUUAUACUUUAUUUAUUCCCCCCCCCCAAUCGACAUAAAGCCAUAAUAAAGUGUGUGUACAGUUUUAACUAUUUAUGGUUAUGUAUAGUUUACAAGUCAAUUUGUAUCUCUUGACAAAUAAAGUUAUUU